CAGAGAGGAGGAUGAAGUUUGAGGGCAGCAGCUGCUGGAGUGAGUGAGAUGAGCGAGGAGCAACAUGGAAGACUUUCUCCUUCAAGUCUUCUUUUGAGCGGACCGGACUUGGACAACUAAAUCACCUCGGAUUUGACUUUAGAUGGAAAAAAAGGAUUUGAUCUUUGUUGGAUCACUUUGACUCAUCCUCAAGUGACCUGGAGAUCAUUUGUCUCUCUCGGGAAGGUUCUCGGACAUGUUGAUCCAGUAGGUCUUUGUCCAUCAUCAUGCUGCUGGUUCUGAUUGUGGUCCUGAAUUUGAGCUGGGGGGCUCGUAGCUCCGAGCCCUCGUCCAUAACUGUCCAGUACCGCAUGUGGGAGGAGCAGCCUGCGGGAACUCGGGUCGGCCGCCUGGUGGACGACCUUUGGCAGAUGGACCAGGUGGGUCCCCUGGAGGACUUCCAGGUCGUGGAACACGGAAGAACCCUUCCCUUUUCUGUCAGCGCUCGAGAUGGCCUUGUCUCCACCCAGGGACGUUUGGACAGGGAGGAGUUGUGUCGUGGUUCCGAUUUGUGCGAGGUGGCCUUCAGUGUUCUCUACAAAAAAAGCGGCGCGGUGAACUGCCUGCGGGUUCACGUGGAGGUGAUGGACCUGAAUGACCACAGUCCCAGCUUUGCCAGUCCAGCACAGGAAGUGGAGAUCUCAGAGACGGCCAGCCUACGAAUGAGAAUCCCGCUGGAAUGUGCAGUGGAUCCUGAUGCAGGAGCCAACGGUCUUCAGAACUAUUCGCUUUCGGUCAAUCAACACUUUGAUCUGGAUGUGACAACUGCCCUGGGCGGGACUAAACAGGCGGAGCUGGUGGUGAUCAAAGAACUGGACAGGGAAGUGCAAGCAUCCUUUGACCUCAUCCUGGUGGCAUGGGACAAAGGGAACCCUCCGAGGUCUGGGAGUACCUUAGUCCAUGUUAAUAUUCUGGACUCAAAUGAUAAUAGUCCUACUUUUGAGGAAAGUACCCCUACUGUGGAGAUACCUGAGAACACGGCCCGAGGAACAACCAUCAUCCACCUUAAAGCCACUGAUCCAGACCAAGGUGCCAACGGGGAGGUGGAGUACUCGCUAAGUAAGCACACACAUCCUGAGGUUCAGAGGCUGUUCUAUGUGGAUCCACAGAGCGGUGUUGUGAGUGUCAGAGCCCCUCUGGAUUACGAGGCCCAUUCCUCCCAUGAAGUCCUCAUACAAGCCCGUGAUCGUGGACCUAACUCCAUUCCUUCGCACUUCAUGCUCCAUGUCAAGCUAACAGACGUUAACGAUAACGCCCCCAGGAUACACAUGACCUGGACUCAUCCCAACUCGGCGGCUGCGACCGUGCUGGAAGGAGCCCCGGCGGACACCUUCCUUGCCCUGGUGAUGGUUUCUGAUGCGGAUUCAGGAGAAAAUGGGAAAGUGACAGCGGUGAUGCCGCAAAGUUCCGGCCCAUUCCGCCUUAAAAAGGUGCACGGUGAAAACUACAUGAUCGUAACUGCUGGCCCCCUGGAUCGGGAGAAGGUGAUGGACUACAACGUUACACUUCUGGCGCAGGAUUAUGGAGAUCCUCCGCUGUCCUGCGUCAAACACCUGCCUGUUCAUGUUCUGGAUGAGAACGACAACGCGCCAGUUUUUUCAUCCUCUAUCUUCAAAGCUUCCUUCGAGGAGAACAACCUAGCGGGUUAUCGCGCACUCAAAGUAGAAGCGCAUGAUGCCGACUUGGAGCUGAGUGGCAGAGUCUUGUACUACAUUCCCAACUCCACUCAGACCUUCUCCAUCCACCCCACAAGUGGCGUAGUCAACGUCCUUCACCCUCUAGACUACGAAGAGUCACAGUCCCACUCAUUCCUGGUGGAAGCCGUGGAUCAGGGCCAUCCGCCUCAUAGGACCGUGGCCACGGUGCAGAUUGACCUCCAGGAUGUGAACGACAACUACCCGGUCAUUAAGGAGCCCAGACCCAAAGAGGGUGUGGCUUUCAUAAGCGUUCCAGUGGAUGCAGACCAUGGGGAGAUUGUGACCGAACUAGAAAGUGAUGCUGAGGAAGAAUCGAGCGGUUUUCCCAUGGAACAUUCAGUCCGAGAGGGAUUCGAUGGAUUUCUUGUGUCUACAAUAAAGGCUGAAGAUUCUGAUUCAGGACUGAAUGGACGACUCCAGUUCUUCAUCACUGACGGAAACCCGCACAGGCUCUUCUGGUUGGACCAGACCACGGGCCAACUGUUUGUGAACACUACCAAUGCCACUGAGCUCAUUGGGAAAACCAUCAAGGUACACAUUUCUGUAUCUGACAUGGGGACCCCUAGCUUGACCACCAAGGCCACACUGGAAGUGGCCUUUAUCAAUCUUAAGGACCACUUGAAGAACUCGUCUCCUGGCAACCGCGGGCGGCUCAGCUUCACCGUGAUGAUGGCCAUCUGCCUGGGGGCGGCAUGUCUGCUGCUGCUGCUAGCCGUCGCCGUCGUCACAACAUUCUGUCGGCCCGACAAACGGGAGAACCGGGCGUACAACUGCAGGCAGGCCGAGUCGACGUACACCCGCCAUCCUCGACGCCCGCAGAAGAACAUCAGGAAGUCGGACAUUCAGCUCAUUCCUGUCAUCAGGGAACGCAAAGAGGGUCCUCCUCUGGACGACAGCGAGACGACACCGCUGACUCCGGCGACGACACAGGACCAAGAACCCGAGAGACACUUUGAUUUUACGCCCUUAAUGAUCAACUCCAGCUUCCAUUCCCAAAAUCACCUUGACGGGAAUGCCCCUCAUACCAGAACACUUCGAAAACCCGGAAACAUUGAACUGGACGGCACUUCACAAACUUUGACGCCCGCGACAUCAUAUCGGACUCUUCGGAAGGCCAGAAACCAGUCCUCAUCCUCUUUAGCGUCCCGUUCCAGCACCUUGAAGCGGGAGAAGGCCGACACCGCGAGCUCCACGCCUCUGGCGACUCUCAGGAGGCCAAAGGCUGCGGAGAGUCAAGGACCGUACGACGCGGAACAACGGCGGAUGCUUCGGAACCUGGUACGGCUGUCCAUGGCGGCGUUCGCAGACUCCAUCGAGCUCUCCUCAGCCUCCCCGGAAGUGCAGCAGAUCUCCCAGCUCCUCUCCCUGCUUCGUCAAGGUCAGCUGCAGCCAAGACCAAACUUCCGGGGAAACAAAUUCUCUCAGCGAGCCGCCGGCAGGUAUGCAGGUCAGGACAGUUGUGAUUGGCAGAGCACCAAAGACAGCGGACACGGCGAGAGCGAGGCUGGGGACGUGGACUGGGAGGCAGGGAGAGACUCGCCCAUCGACCCGCAACUUGAGGAGGGGCUUAACAACCUGCUCAACAACGCUGAGGACGUCUUCUCAGAGGUCAACGACCCGGCGUGGAUGGCCCGCCUCUCGGUGACGCUGUCCGGAGAUUACCAUGACAACGUCUUCGUCCCCAACGCGCCGCCGUCCUCCGACUGCGAGCUCCUCCCCCGCGCCGGCUUGGACUCAUCGUCCUCCUUCUCCACCUUUGGUAAAAGUCCGGAGAAGGACGGCCCACUGGGCGGAGCCUUGUUGUCGGAGGUGAGCACCCUCUUCGAGAUGCUGAUGACGCAGAAGGCCGACGCCCACCCCGGCCCCCGAGCCGACGUCCUCUACCGACUGUCCUCGGCGUGCCGGCGCUCGCUGGACUCGGACGGCAACAGCGGACCAAUCAGGGGCCUGGCCCCGCCCCCUGCACGCUUUUAACACUGGAAACAAGGAGAGAGAGAGGAGUCAUGUGAUCAGAAAGCAUACUUGUCAAUUUAAACCAGGGGUGUCCAAAAUGUGGCCCGGGGGCCUUUUACAGCCCCUAACUAAUGUUUUAACAUCCAUCCAUCCAUCCAUCUUCUUCCGCUUAUCCGAGGUCGGGUCGCGGGGGCAGCAGCCUAAGCAGGGACGCCCAGACUUCCCUCUCCCCAGCCACUUCGUCCAGCUCUUCCCGGCGGAUCCCGAGGCGUUCCCAGGCCAGCCGGUAGACAUAGUCUUCCCAACGAGUCCUGGGUCUUCCCCGUGGCCUUCUACCGGUUGGACGUGCCCUAAACACCUCCCUGGGGAGGCGUUCGGGUGGCAUCCUGAGCAGAUGCCCGAACCACCUCACCUGGCUCCUCUCCAUGUGGAGGAGCAGCGGCUUUACUUUGAGCUCCUCCCGGAUGGCAGAGCUUCUCACCCUAUCUCUAAGGGAGAGCCCCGCCACCCGGCGGAGGAAACUCAUUUGGGCCGCUUGUACCCGUGAUCUUGUACUUUCGGUCAUAACCCAAAGCUCAUGACCAUAGGUGAGGAUGGGAACGUAGAUCGGCCGGUAAAUUGAGAGCUUUGCCUUCCGGCUCAGCUCCUUCUUCACCACAACGGAUCGAUACAGCGUCCGCAUUACUGAAGACGCCGCACCGAUCCGCCUGUCCAUCUCACGAUCCACUCUUCCCUCACUCGUGAACAAGACUCCGAGGUACUUGAACUCCUCCACUUGGGGCAGGGUCUCCUCCCCAACCCGGAGAUGGCACUCCACCCUUUUCUGGGCAAGAACCAUAGACUCGGACUUGGAGGUGCUGAUUCUCAUCCCAGUCGCUUCACACUCGACUGCGAACCGAUCCAGUGAGAGCUGAAGAUCCUGGCCAGAUGAAGCCAUCAGGACCACAUCAUCUGCAAAAAGCAGAGACCUAAUCCUGCAGCUACCAAACCAGAUCCCCUCAACGCCUUGACUGCGCCUAGACAUUCUGUCCAUAAAAGUUAUGAACAGAAUCGGUGACAAAGGGCAGCCUUGGCGGAGUCCAACCCUCACUGGAAACGGGUCCGACUUACUGCCGGCAAUGCGGACCAAGCUCUGACACUGAUCAUACAGGGAGCGGACCGCCACAAUCAGACAGUCCGAUACCCCAUACUCUCUAAACACUCCCCACAGGACUUCCCAAGGGACACGGUCGAAUGCCUUCUCCAAGUCCACAAAGCACAUGUAGACCGGUUGGGCAAACUCCCAUGCACCCUCAAGGACCCUGCCGAGAGUAUAGAGCUGGUCCACAGUUCCACGACCAGGACGAAAACCACACUGUUCCUCCUGAAUCCGAGGUUUGACUAUUCGGCGUAGCCUCCUCUCCAGUACACCAGAAUAGACCUUACCGGGACAGCUGAGAAGAGUGAUCCCACGAUAGUUAGAACACACCCUCCGGUUCCCCUUCUUAAAGAGAGGAACCACCACCCCGGUCUGCCAAUCCAGAGGUACCGCCCCCCAUGUCCAUGCGAUGUUGCAGAGUCUUGUCAACCAAGACAGCCCCACAGCAUCCAGAGCCUUAAGGAACUCCGGGCGGUUCUCAUCCACCCCCGGGACCUUGCCACCGAGGAGCUUUUUAACUACCUCAGCAACCUCAGCCCCAGAAAUAGGAGAGCCCACCACAGAUUCCCCAGGCACUGCUUCCUCAUAGGAAGACGUGCUGGUAGGAUUGAGGAGGUCUUCGAAGUAUUCCCUCCACCGAUCCACAACAUCCGCAGUCGAGGUCAGCAGAACACCAUCCCCACCAAACACGGUGCUAGGUUUUUUAAGCUAAUUUAGCAGGGUCCAAAAUGUUGUUACUUGACGAAUGUUACCUAUUAGCAUGCUAACAUUAGUAGGCUAGCUUUUUUAAGCUAAUUUAGCACCGUCCAAAAUUUUGUUACUUGAUGAAUGCUACCUAUUAGCAUGCUAACAAUAGUAGGCCAGCUUUUUUUAAGCUAAUUUAGCAGGGUCCAAAAUGUUGUUACUCGAUGAAUGCUACCUAUUAGCAUGCUAAUAAUAGUAGGCUAGCUUUUUCAAGCUAAUUUAGCAACGUCCAAAAUUGUGUUACGUGACGAAUGCUAUCUAUUAGCAUGCUAACAUUAGUAGGCUAGCUUUUUUAAGCUAAUUUAGCAGGGUCCAAAAUUGUGUUACUUGAUGAAUGCUACCUAUUACCUUGCUAACAUUAGUAGGCUAGCUUUUCUAAGCUAAUUUAGCAGGGUCCAAAAUGUUACUUGACGAAUGCUACCUAUUAGCAUUCUAACAUUAGUAGGCUAGUUUUUUCAAGCUAAUUUAGCAACGUUCAAAAUUGUGUUACGUGACGAAUGCUAUCUAUUAGCAUGCUAAAAUUAGUAGGCUAGCUUUUUUAAGCUAAUUUAGAAACGUCCAAAAUUUUGUUACGUGACGAAUGCUACCAAUUACCUUGCUAACAUUAGUAGGCUAGCUUUUUUAAAGCUAAUUUAGCAACGUCCCAAAUUUUGUUACGUGACGAAUGCUACCUAUUGCCUUGCUAACAUUAGUAGGCUAGCUUUUUCAAGCUAAUUUAGCAAUGUCCAACAUUUUGUUACGUGACGAAUGCUACCUAUUACCUUGCUAAUAUUAGUAAGCUAGGUUUUUAAACUAAUUUAGCAGGGUCCAAAAUGUUGUUACUUGACGAAUGCUACCAAUUAGCAUGCUAACAAUAGUAGACAUGCUUUUUAAAUAAUUUUGCUCAUAUUUGUUAUUUGACGCUGUCUGGCCAGGGUGCUAACCGUUAGCAUUUCAGUUCGACUUUGGCUCCUUAGCAUUCACAGGGAAUUUCUACCCAUAUUGCAUUUUCUUGUCCUUUGGAAAAAAUAUAUACGUUGUCCUGGUUUUGAAGGUGAAAACCAAAACGGCCCCCCGCAUCAUUUUGAUUUGUCAAUCUGUGGCCCUCGGUGGAAAAAGCUUGGGCACCCCUGAUUUAAACUUGUGUUACAUUGUGAUCUUGCAGGGAGGAGGUAGAACACAACUGAGUUUGCAGUUGUCAGUGUCAACAAAACUAAUACCGGGGUGCCUCGGUCUACACCUUAGUCCUCUAAAGUCCUGAAUAUGUCCCCCAAAGACAAAAACAUUGAAAAUGAAUCCAUUGCAGACAAUAUGACAAAACACAUUUUAUAGGGAAUAGUUACAAUACAUUUUUUCUCACCAUCUUUAUUACCUUUAGUGCUAACACUUGCAACUUUUUUUGGCCCCAUGGUGGAAUAUUUUGCAGUGGUAGUGAAUAAAAACCAGUACUCGUGCACAGAUUCUUUGUGAGGACAGGAGGAACCGGGGGCGCCCCGGUAGUGGUCAACGUAGUGGUCAACAUAGUGGUUAACGUAGCCUGCAGCUGCCGAGUGGCAGGAAGUGAUUAAUGGGGACGUUUGUUGGAAACAAUGAAGAGGAAACAGGAAGUAGUUUCAUAAAAGAAUGUUUCUGUGUGGCAGCUAAUGACCACAAGACUCUUUUGAUGUUUUUUACUUCUGGAUCCAACAUGAAAGUUAAAAGGGAGAGGGGGGGGGGGGUCUCAGACCUGCUGAGAACACAUGUGGACCACGUUUAAGGUUCAAUUAGUGGACCUUCUUGUCGAAACAAAAAGAACAGCACUUUGUACAUAUUUUUGUGAAGUAAUCUACUCUUUUUUUCUUACUUUUUAUCUAAUAAAAAAAU